UAAUCGUAAAUUGACCAAGGAAUGGUACUGUGACGUCUGUGGGAUUUACCUACGAUCGAUCGAUCGUAUUUUGGGAGGAGAUGAGGCAGUGACGUGCAUAAAAUGCAGAGGAAGGGUCUGCAGAAGAAAAUGUUCGAGCCUCAACGAGCAGCGAUCAGGUUGGACCUGCAAGAACUGUCUGAGACCGCCAGAGUCUUGGUUUCGAGGGAUACUUAAUGCGAUUCAUCCAGCGAAAAAAGUCGAAAUAGAGGUAAACAUGCAAUCGGAACCUCUGGACGAAGUCGAUGAAGAUCUGGAGGAGUUGAAGAAGAAAGGAAAGGAGCAAGUUCAGGAUUUUUUGGAGAAAUUGGUGAAUGGUAUGCUCGGGCAGAAUGUAGAUGACGCCAGCGUCACCAAAACGUACAACGACGAACUUUAUGACUCUAUUUUCAAGAAGUAUCACGCAGAUCUCAGUAAUGCCUUGACCGUAUUGGGAACGUCAUUACAUAAUUCCAUUUCUA